AUGCUCCAACCUACUCUUAAGUUGGUGAUUAGGUUCCAACCCAAAGAAUUUGCAUUUUAUGGCAAAAGAAAGCCCAUUCAGUGCUGGGUACCGCAGGAAUUCAAGCAUCCAUGGGAAGAGUAUGCAGAGAAUUUGUGUUGGAUCCAGAAUACCUACUUCCUGCUGCCAAAUGAAGACGUACCAGAGGAUGACUUUGAAUUGCACCGAGUGAAGUACGUAGGUUACUAUCAGUGGAUAGUAAUUGUUUUGGCUGGCCAAGCGAUGCUCUCCUGGGUGCCCUACCUAGUAUGGAGGGUGGGCUCAAAACGUCUACCCAUUCUCCUGCGCUCUGCUCGUGAGGCUGCUAUUCCCGACCGCGAGUUGCGACAAAAAGCCGUUUCCUGUUUGGUUGCCACAUUGGAGGAGAUCUCUGAGUCCACUGCUCGCCAAAAACGCGUCAAGUCCUCCCUCAAACGUAUCUUUUGCUCCAUUCGACCAAAUAUCGAGAUCACCCUCCUUUUUUUCUUUGUCCGAUGCCUCUUCAUCGGCAAUUCGGUGGGACAGAUCUACCUGAUGAAACAUUUCAUUGGUAGUAAUAGCUCCUACUUUGGCAUAGACAUGCUCAACAAUUUAAUAGCUGGACGCGACUGGGAGACUACCGGACAAUUCCCACGGGUCACCUACUGUACAGUCAAUGUUAGAAAAAUGGGACAAAUCAAACCUGCAAGCUAUACCCUUCAAUGCGUACUUCCAAUCAACUACUUCGUUGAAAAGAUCUUCGUCUUUCUCUGGUUCUGGUUUCUCCUCCUGGGUGCCUUUACCGCGUUUAGCACACUGCAGUGGGCCUUCAACACGUUAGUACCGGUCCGACGGAUCGCCUAUAUUAAGCAAUAUAUUCGAGCUAUCCGCCAGCUUUCCAACACUGAGGAACGUGACUGUACGCGCUUUGUGAACAACAAUUUGGGUCCCGAUGGAGUUCUCAUCCUCCAGGUCGUCUCACGGGCAUCUAGUGAUCUUAUUGCCCUCGACGUCACUGCCACUCUGUGGAACAACUAUCGUCACGCCAAGAUCACAGGCACGGAGGAGGAUUUUAGUCGCUUCAUAGAAAACGUCAAUCGAGGCACCUCGGCAGUGUAG